UUGUUUAGUGUUACGGACGUGUUGAAUAUCUAAAAUCUCAACAUGAGUGAUCCAAAACCAAAAAAGGAGGGCGUAGAUUCUGGUUCUGGCUCCGAGAGCUCAGGAGAUGAAGGUGGAAAGAAGCAUGGAAAGGGCAAAGGGAAAGGGAAAGGACAAGGUCAUGGACACGGUAAAGGAGGUGAACACGGUAAAGGAGGUGAACACGGGAAAGGAGGUGAACACGGGAAAGGAGGUGAACACGGGAAAAAAGGAUCUGACCAACAAAAAGGAAAAAAGUAAUGAGCUCAUAGCCCGAGGCCUGGGAAGUCCAUUUAUGUCCGCAUGACUUACACAACAAAACUUGUUUCAACUCCAUUUUGCAUACAAAAAAUAAAUAAAAUUAAAACACC